AUGGAUAAUAACUUAAAUGAAACAUAUAUAACUCUUGAUGGGUAUGUGGAAGUUCACAAAAACAGAUAUCUUUAUUUUAUGAUCAUGUUUACAGCGUAUAGUCUAAUACUUUGCAUUAAUUCCACUGUUGUGUCUCUCAUUGUGAUUCACAAAAACCUCCAUGAGCCCAUGUACAUUUUCAUUGCAGCCUUGUUACUGAACUCUGUUCUUCUCAGCACUUCUCUAUACCCAAAGCUGUUGAUUGAUGUCUUAUCUGAAAAACAGAUAAUAUCCUAUUCAGCCUGUCUCUUUCAGUGGCAUGGAUAUUUCUAUCUAACCUUUUCAGAAAUUUCUUUGUUGGCAGUUAUGGCCUAUGACAGAUAUGUGUCUAUAUGUAAACCUCUGCAGUAUCCAACUAUCAUGAGAAAAUCAAAGAUCUGCUUUUUCCUGGUUUUAGCUUGGCUUCUUCCUGCUUGUGUGAUUUCAUUACCAGUUAGCCUGAGUGCUAAUGCUAAACUCUGUAAAUUUACUUAUAAAGGAAUCAUUUGUGGUACUGGGAUUCUCAAACUUCACUGUGUGACUUCAAGAGUUAUAUACAUAUAUGGAUUUGUUGUUUUGGUAAUUUUUAAUACUUUACCUGUGCUUUUCAUACUUUUUACCUAUACUAGGAUAUUUAUAGUAUGCUAUAGAAGUAGUGGAGUAGUCAGGAGAAAAGCUGUACAGACCUGUUUACCUCACCUGCUCAUUCUAAUCAACUUUACCUGUUUCAUGGGAGUUGACGUAAUUCUGUCUAGAUUGGAUAUAGAUUUUCCCAAAACUGUACGUUUAAUAACAACCUUACAAGUAAUUUUGUACAGUCCGCUCUUUAAUCCAAUCAUAUUUGGACUAAAAAUGAAAAAGAUUUCUAAACAUGUCAAGAGGUUGUUUUGUCCAGGUAAAACUGUCUAA